UGCAAGUGGUUUCGGAUGAACGUAAACCCAAACCCGACUUCCCCAGCUUGGAUUUGAUCAUUUGAUCGAAUAUUGCGCUACUGCUGGUUUUGUAAUGAAAUUGGUCAUUUGAUCGUAAAUUCGUAAUAGGUAAUACCCAUCUCCAUUUGUUGCGGUAGCUCGUAACUGUCCAGCCGACCACACGAAACGGUUGCUUCAGAUUCUUUAUUGGUCCCACUUUAUUUUGGGGGUUCGAGCCUUCGAGGAUCCGACGUGUCGGUAUCGCUCCCAUCUUUUUAUGGAUUUCGUUUCUCUUCUCUGCGUUGAAUUUCAGUUCGGUUCAUUCUACACUCUGCCCCCGUCCCUUUCUUUCUUGACACGGUCACGGUGGCACCUCUUUCAGUCUCAAUUCUCUCUCUCUCGCUCUCUCGCUCUCUCUCGCUCAUUUGGUUGGUAGAUUGAUUGCUGGGAAGAUAAAAGGGCAGGAGAGUGUUUUGCAUGACGAGCGCUUCGGAACUUUUCUACAAUCGGAGGUCUCGCAACGCCCGGAACGCCACCGACCUAGGGAUAGGUUACACUCUUGAAAGGAAUCUCCACCACCCCCACCCGAACCGUCGUCACAGUCAUCAUCGUGGCGACGAUUGCGAUCCGUUAAGGCGAUCUCCGCAUUCGCAUGCCAGGCAUCUAUUCCUUCGCGGCUUUCAAACGGAGCGAGAACCUGUUCGAGUAGACCAUGGUGGUCAUCAUUCUGGUACAGGCAACAUCUUUGGCACAGAAACUUCAAGUAGAACUGAUAGGCUGAGGUUCUCUAGCAAUGACAGACUUCCUGGAGAUGUAUUACAGGCAAGGGAAAGGCUUCUUGAGAGACUGAGAGGGGUAUCUCUUUCAGGAAGUAGGCAAAGAAGCAGAGGGGCAUCAACAAGCAUAUCUUGGGAUGAGUUUGCAUCCAGCGAUGAACUCAGGUUUGUAAAUGCAACAGGGGACUGGGUGGCUGAAAUUCUAAGAGAGUGGUUGCCAGGGGGUGCUUCAUUUAUUGAAGAUACUGCUGAGAUAGACCUGUAUUCCUCCACCUCCACGCAAGGCUGGAACCAGAAGAAGCCACCAGGACUCAGCUGGGAGGAGGUUAACCGUUUGCAUCACGAAGUUUUCAGCAAUAGAGAGGAAUGCGAUAGGGAAGCAAUUCACAGGGGAACACAUGAAUGUAGCAUAUGUCUGGAGAGGUUCCAAGAAGGAAAUCAGUUGAUUUGCUUACCUUGUGACCAUAGGUUCCACUCGGCAUGCUUAGGCCCCUGGGUGCAAAUUUGUGGGGACUGCCCAUAUUGUCGAAGGGCAGUAGUCGUAGAUUAUCACAAAAUGAGGAACAAGAAACCAUCCAAUCCUCGCUAAGAUGGUGUUUGUGCUAUCAUUUUAAACCAACAUGGUUUUCCUUAGAUGAGAUCUGCAUUGUAAUUUGUUUGAUGACCCUUUCUUUUUUAUCAAUAACACGUUCAUUAAAUCAUUAAUAGAA